AUGCUCCUGGCCAGACCUAGGGAUAUAUUGAUAUAUAAGAUUUGGUUACAUGCCUUGUUCUGUCUUCCUGCUGAGGGUCUCAUUCUCAGAGGUGCCAUGUGGGGAGCAGAGAUGAAUUGCACUUGACAAUAUAAAUGGGAGACAGAGGACUUUGCUUUUCUCAAGAGAAUCAACUUCUUCAGGUGAUUUUGGAUGAGAAACCAGUUGGGAAUCCUCUCUGUGGCCAAGAAAACCUUCUGCAUGAUGGAGAGGGAGUUAGAGAGCAACUAGUUCAAGAAGUAGAAGAUCAAAAUGAGAUAGGGCAUGAACUGCUUCCAACUGUGGAAACUGUCACACAAACUGCCCAGCAAAGUGAAAAUGUUACAAAUUAUGACGACCAAGUUGAACAUCCUGAUGUUCAAUCAGAGAGUGAUGAACAAUCAGUUCCAAGUGAGAAUUUUGAGCUCAGUUGGAUGUGUUCUAACAAUUUGGGUCCAAAAGUUGAGAUAUCUGAUGGUUGUUCAGUCUCUGAUGAUGAUGAUGAUAGCCUCAUUGAGAUCAAUCUUCCAGCAAGUGAGCCAAAGGAAAAGCUGCAGUCAAAUUUGCCAGACUCCAUUUUCAGGCAACAAGGUCUAAGAGAGCAAUUAGCAGAUAUCAAUGAGGUGAAUGAGGAAGACAACCUGAUUGAGAUUGACAUUUCCAUGGGCUCUAUCAAGUGUCCAAGGUUUGAGAUUGAAGCAUGAGUUGCAAAUAAUUCAAGAGGUCAAUAAUUUUGGAUACUUUGAUCUAUGAGAUUGCAGUUAGAAACUAGGGUUAGGAUUUAGGCUAAAGUUUCACAAUCUGAAUUAUCUUCCUUAACAAAUUUAUGUUUUUUUUUUGUUGAAAAUAUAUCUUGGUAUUUAUUUGUCUUCAGUUUCAUAAGCACUGUGCUUUAAAUGAUACAUAAAGUGGCAUGGCAAAUUGGUAGCCCCA